CCGGUUGACGGACAGCACUGAGGCUGGUCAGCUCGUCCAGGUCGCGUCUUCUCCUGUUUAAGCGGUGUUUACAUUAGUUUAUUAGUGUACUGGUCAGAGCAGUGACCCAACGCGGUCUAACUCAGUGGAUUAGCUGAAUGUGUUACUUGUUAUUCUUCACGUUAACUUGAGCUCGUUUACACUUCCUCCCUGAAGGCUGCUUAUCUCGUCUUUAUGAAUUAUUAUCUUUAAUUAUUAGUGUUUAGUCAGUAAUAUUGCUCUCGAGCUCGUGUGUGACCCAGUGCUGUAAUCCUAAGCUACACGAAGACACUUCAGUCCUUUAGUUCAGAGCUACUGGCUCUUGUGCCCUUUGCCCCAGAUUUCUCCAUUGAAAGGAAGACAGAGAGAGAGGGAGGGAGAGAGAGAGAGAGAGAGAGAGAGAGAGGGCUGGCUGGACAGAGAGACCUAGCUCAGUGCCAGCCUUCUCCUCCCAGAGGUGGGAAAAAAUUCCCAAACCCUGCCUGUUUGUUCCUCCAUUUCGAACCCGACCCGUGUGGAAGGCAUGCUGCUGUCUCUGCUGUCCCCCUCCGAGCUGUGGACAGGCUGUCUGGACUACAUCUCCAGGCCCUGCACGCUGCUCCUCAGCCUGGUCACUGCCUCGCUGUUCUGCCUGUGGGGUCGUGAGGGGCAGGUUCCUCUGUUGGUGUGCAGCGAUGGCUUCCGGGCGUUUCUGCAGAGACACUGUCCCAUCGUGACGGAGCGUUUCUGUCCCACUCCCUGGUGCUGGGGUGGACGCCUGCAGACGCUUGUGAGGGUGUUCAUCAAGUCCAGCCUUUCCAUCACUUACCGCAAUGAGCUGAUCAGGACAGGAGAUGGUGGUCAGCUCUCACUGGACUGGGUGGAUAACUCCAACAGUGCCGAACACCCACAAACCUCCGCUCGGCCCACAGUGCUCCUCCUGCCCGGUCUGACCGGAAACAGCCGACAGACAUACGUCUUGCGCGCAGUCCAGCAAGCCACACGCCACGGAUACAGGUGUGUGGUGAUGAAUAACAGAGGUUUUGGAGGAGAGGAGCUGCUGACUCCUCUCACGUUCUGUGCUGCUGACACUUCAGACGUAGAGACAGUCGUCAAUCACAUCAAAAAACUCUACCCACAAGCCCCUCUGCUCGGAGCUGGUGUGUCUCUCGGAGGCAUGCUGUUGCUGAAUUAUCUGGCCCGUAAAGGGCAGGACUCUAAGAUGAUCGCCGGUCUCACCCUCUCUGUCUGCUGGGACUCGUUUGAAUCCUCCGUAUCCCUGGAGCAGCCAGUCAACAAGCUGCUUUUCAAUCGCCAUCUUACCAGCAACUUAUGCAAUGCCAUUAACAGACACAGAAAGAUCCUGGAGAAGGUGAUAGAUGUGGACUACGUGCUGAAGGCGCGAACGAUCCGGGAAUUUGAUGAGCGCUUCACUUCUGUGAUGUUUGGCUACAAGUCCUGCGCUGAUUAUUACAGAGAUGCCAGUCCGGGGUCCAAACUGCAGAAGACUGCCAUACCUGUGCUCUGUUUAAACGCUGCUGACGACCCCUUCUCCCCUAAACACGCAUUCCCCGUAUCCCUCGCUCAGCGUUUGCCGAACGUGGCUCUGUUGGUGACGGCUCAUGGAGGACACAUCGGCUUCCUGGAGGGCCUGUUUCCUAACGGUGAUGGCUACAUGGACCGCCUGUUGGGACAGUUCGUCCACGCUGCUUUCGAGCACCUGGAGGACCUGAGAGAGGCCUGCAGCAUCGAGGACCAGGUCACACAGUAACAGAAACAUCGUUAUGUUAUAGGUUAAGCAAUACGAUCACCACUGACCUCUUUACAUUAGGUGACAAGUAGGCAAGAAAUGAUUCAAACUAAUUUAUCAACAUAUUAAAUAAUAAAAAUAAUAUGUUCAUUUUUGGUUAGAUUUUUCCUUCAUGUCUGAGGAACAACUGAGGCAGAGUGGAAAUAUUUUUUGUAGGUGAAAUUCCCCUAUAAGAUAAUGAUUAUCAAUAAGUAGUAUUAAUGUUAAUGCUAAUUAUCUAGCAUGGCAGGUAAACUAGAUAUUAAGUAACUCAAUUGGCAAUCACGUUUUUAUACCCCUCUUCGGUAAACAGGCCAUGUGAAGAUUUCUUAUUCAUCAUUUCAUCAUCAGUUUUUAUUAUUAUUAUUAUUAUGAAUGACCUCUCAUUGAUGGUGUGUUAACGCAAUGCCAAUAAUUUAUGAAUCAGUAACUGAAACUAUAUGACCAGCAACUUUAUUACCUGGAGAAACUUGAUAGAAAGCACAAGUUUUGAAUAUUUGUUUUUGAAUGUGAAUGAAUGUGAUUAUGAUAAGGCAUUAAGUAUAUCACUCUGGUGUUUUUGUUGUUUGCUGAAUUGUGAAAAAAUGGAGUUUAAAAAUGUAAAUUAUUUUAUCAUGUUAUUAAUAACAUGUAAAAUGCAGAACAAAUCAGUGUUCAUUCAGUUCUAGUGUAUUUUGCUUAUGUACCGUACAUUGUGGUUCUAUGAUAAUCUGCCAUCGAUCCAUGCUUUUUUUUAUAAAAGCAAAAAUGUCUAAAAUCAGUAUUUUAUAUAAUAUUUAUAUUGAAGAUUCUUGUUUUACUCGAAUGAUUUUAUUUUUUGGAAACAUUUGAAAAUGUUUAGCAUUUUGGUUUUCUAAUGCAUGAAUUUCCAAAUAUGUUAACUCUCACAGAGAAAACAGUGUUGUUAAAAAGUGAGAAAAAAACUUUGGGACACAUUCUUAAUGCACUACAUGGCCAAAAGUAUGUGUACAACAUCACGUACGUAUGAGUUUGUUUAGUAUACGGUUCCAAAACUAUAGUCAUUUAUAUAGAGUUGCCAUUUUUGCUCCCAUUCAGCCACGAGAGCAUUAGUGAGGUUGGGCACUGGUGUUUUUUUGAGAAGGCCUGGCUCUCAGCUGGCAUUCCAGUUCAUCCCAAAGCUUUUGGGUAGAGUUUAGGUCAGGGCUUUGUGAAGACAAGCCAAGUUGUACCACUCCAGACUUGGCAGUUUCCUUCUUAUAGAACCCAUUUUGUGCAGGUGGGUCCCAAAAAUCGUCCCAACAGUUCCCAAACUGCUGCAGUGGGGCCCAUUAUUCCUCCUCCGCCAAACUUUACAGCUGGCACUAUGCAUUCAGUCAGGUAGGAUUCUGCCAAACCCUGAUUAGUCUGUCAGUCCACCAUGUGGUAAAGUUUGAUUCAUGACUGCAGAUAAUACAUUUAGCAUGACUGUGUGCUUUACGCGGUUCCAGCUGAUGCUUGGCAUUGCUGAUGUUCCACCCAGAGGCAGUUUGGAACUAAGUAAGGAGUUCUGUAACUAAGGACAGAUGAUUUUUAUGUGCUUCUCGCUCUGUGAGUUUGUGUGGCCUUUCUCUUCAUAACUGAGCUGUUCUUGCUUCUAGAUGUUUUCAUAUCACAAUCACAGCACUUACAGUUGACCAGGGCAGCUCUAGCAAGGCAGAGGUUUGAUGCUUUGUUGGAAUAGUAGCAUCCUAUAAUAGUGCCACAUUAAACGUGACUGCUCUUCAAUAACACCCAUUCUAUUGUCAGUGUUUGUCUAUGGAGACUGCAUGGCUGUGUUCUUGGCUUUACACACCCGAACACACUAAUUAGAAGGGCUGUCCACAUACUUUUGGCCAUUUACUCUGUAAAAUGAACAUUUUAAAUGACGACUACUCCAGUGCCUUAUGAAUUGAUGUUUACUUGCCUGUGUAAGCUCAUGCUUGCAUUGUACUGACCUCCACAAAUGUGUGCUAUUCUGUUAUAUACAGUUGUAUGCAAAAGUUUGGGCGCCCCUGGUCAAACGAGGUUUCGCUGAUUUUCUAAUUAAAAUAAGUGAACACAUCCUCUACUGAGAACACACUUCAGCACAUUUUAAUGUACAGUUACUGCACACUUGUGGAUUUUACCAUAUUGGAAAAAGUAAAACAAAAUAUAACCUGUGCAAAAGUUACAGCACAUUUUAUGUGCUGCAAAAUUUGCAGAAAAAUGUCAUAUUUACGUUUGUUCCCUGCAGAGGAAGUGCUAACGUAUAAACAUUGACCAGAGGGGUUUAAAUGUUUACAUACAACUAUAACAUUUAUUAUGCCUGUGCCUUGUUUUUGUAAAGGGUCCAAAGCAUGUAAAGGUCAUAUAACGGUCAUAGCACCAUUGUGAAGGCAAACAUGAAUGUGAAGCACUUAAUUGUACACAAACGUCAAACGUCAACCUUCCCCUGUUUUUGUAAAGCUUAAUUGGGGCUGACCAAGAGUUCACUUUAAGCUUUUGGGCUGCUUUUUCAGACCCAGAUUAAGUGUACGCCCGAAACAUAGAGGGUUUCCAAUGGUGAUUCAUCAUUGAAAUGAAAGUUUUAGUCCGAGAUUAGGCUCUUAAUCCAUGUGUAGGACAUUGCCACUAUUUAUUUUUAUUUAAGUGCCACUUUUUCAGAGUGAAGUAGGCCUGGGUGAUAUCAAAAAACAAUUAGCACGAUAUUUUCUAGUUAAAGAAUUGCGAUUAUCCCCUCUCCCCCACGAACCAAUGCAUGCAGUCCAAUGUAGCUUUUGAUAAUCUUUAAUGAAAACAUAUAUUAAAUAGUAUAAUACUGAGAAACCCAACAUCCUCAGAUAACUACUUUACCUGUCGUUUAAUAGAUGUUACUGUGUUACUGCAAACACGUGCAUUCCUGAGCUGCUUCUGGUGUAGGUUCAUGGUGAUGUGCAUGCUAGUAGAGCUCCCAGCUGGAGAAACUUCAGGCUGCAGGCGAUUUCCAAAACCAUUUACAGCAGCAUUACAUUCUCACAAUUUUAAUAAUUAUACAUAUAAAACAAUUUAACAUAAGUUUAAAUAUUAAAAUAAAAAUGCAUUGCUACCCCUAUCUGAUCGUGGUUUUUUGGCCAUAGACGGGGAUCAGAGGAACCUUCUCUACUUCUAAAAGUUCUAGGGCUGGAGCUAACUUGACUGCUAUAGGAUAAUACCCAGUCAUUUUUGCUUGGUUGUUUCAGUGAGUCACACUGAAAUGAGCUGAAGUUCUAAUGUCAGUAUAUAUUUUCGGUUCCAUGCACUCAAGCUAAACUUAAUGUAAAGGGUACUGCUAGCAUUACAGUGUGCAACAGUGGAGAACUAACAAACUUCUCUCUCUCCUAAAUAAAAGACGAUUAGGUCACCUGCACAUUGCUUGAAGGAACAUGAAGCCCAAUUUCCCAAUAUAUUUAGCUAGCUGUUUAAUCAGAUUAGUCCUCUGUAGUUCUCUGUAUGUUCCCCAGCAUUGCCUUUUAUGAGUCGCCAUCGAGUUUCUUGUGAAUCAUCGACGAUAUCCGAUUACCUUAUCGCCCAGGCCUGGUAUACAGCAUACACAUAUCACACAUUUAAGUUCAACAACAUGUGGAAAGAAGCUGAAAUGGUCUACUCUUUGCUUGCCCCUGAGUCAGUUAUAGUAUGUGUGAAUGACAGCGUCGUUCGUAGACCGGUGCAGGAAAAAGUGCUGAGCUCAGAUCACUCACACGACAGUGAAGGGCCAAAACUCUACGCACAAAAACAUAACUAACUUUCUGUUAAUGCACUCUUCCUGAUGUUUUUCUUUUCUGAGUAGUCUGUGAACAUUGACCACCUACUUUGAAACACUGAUACAUAGAAUUUGAUACACUUUUUUAGUGUAUAUAACGGAGUGUUGACAUAAGUCUGCCUUAUGCCUGGCCCACACUACAGGAUUUAAAAAAUCUUGACCGAUGUUGAAAACGUGAGAGACCCCACGCAUAAUGACUGCCUUAAAUAAAACACCACACACUUUCAGAUUAUGAACAAGAAAACAGUCCCGACUGAUGGUUCAGAUUCACAGAACCUUGUGGAAGUUUCUCCUGAACUGCUGCUUUGCAGGGUUUCUCGCAAACUAAUGUGACUUUAGAUCUAAUCAAACAUGGCAGAUGACAGCGAGGCUGGUGCUAUGCUGGUGAUGUUUCUUUCUGAAUGGAAAAAACCAAGCGGAAGAAAAAAAUAUGGAUGAAGACGAUCUUUCAGGCAUGACGUCGACAUUUCAUUUCACACCAGAGAAUCGGCGUCCACCCCACACUAUAGGAUACCGAGCUGUAAAUGUUGAAUGUGUUUAAUAUUUAUGAUUUGCAGUUGGGCGGCCCUGACUAGACUUGGAGCAGAUCGGAGGAGUAAAGGUUGGAUCAUAGACACCCCACACGACAGGAUAAUCUGGGAAGAGCAUCGUUUAAGAUCUCCCUCACAUCGAGAGGCCUUUUGCGAUUGUCCUGAGGAGCAAAUCGGCCUCAAAAUCGGCCCGAUUACCCUGUAGCGUGGGCCAGGCAUUAGUCCAUUCUUUGACAUACUUUGUUGUUCUGAAUUGUAUAUUGUUUACUCACCAUGAUGCACUGAACUGUAAUAAUUAAGCAUCAAUAAAGUGCUUAAACCACUUAU